UAUAGAUUAUUCAGUGACCAAUAUUUACAGUUUACCUGGUAUUACAGAAUUGAUAACAAUUCGUGUUGUUUAGUAAUUAAAAUCUACUCACGUAGGAUUACCUACUGCAUUUAAAAGUUUUCAUGCAAAUCAUUUUAAAAAUUAUUUGUGAUGUAAUUUAACGAAAAUCUGAGUUGACCAAUAAAUUUACAAUGACAGCUGCCGAUCACUUGGGGGUGAUAACUCGCAUCGCUCUAAAAAAUUUUGUAACUUAUGAUGAAGUUGUUGUUAAACCUGGAAAGCAUCUAAAUCUCAUUAUUGGUGCCAAUGGUACUGGUAAAUCUACUAUUGUUAGUGCUAUUGUUUUGGGUUUAGGAGGUAGUCCAAAAGUGAUCGGUCGAGCUACUGCAAUUAAAGACUUUGUGAAAGCAGGCCAAAAUUUUGCUAGCAUUGAAAUUGAUUUACAAAAUGGUCCUAACGAAAUUGUAACAAUUAAAAGAGAAUUCAAUAUUCAAGGCCACACAAGUUGGUUCGUUAAUCAUAAGAUUUCCAACGGCAAAGUAGUUGGUGAUUUGAUGAAACAGUUUAAUAUACAGGUAGACAAUCUUUGUCAAUUUUUACCACAAGAUAAAGUACAGGAAUUCUCAAAUUUAUCCUCGCAGGAUCUUUUAGUAGAAACCGAAAGAUCUGUAGGGGAUCCUAAGUUAUUAGAGUAUCAUACACAGCUGAAAGUAUUGAGAGCAAACCAAGCUGAGUUGGAAAAACAACUUGAAGGCAGUACACGUUUGAUAACAAAAGAAAAACAAAUUUGUGACACAUUGAAGGACAAAGUUGGACAUAUUCAAGAACAAAAGACAAUUGAAAAAAAAUUGAAAACAUUAAAACAGAAAAAGGCUUGGGUAAUUUAUAAUGAAAAAAGACAAGAUCUCAGUAAGGCCAGAGUUGAAAGAGAUGAAGCUGAAGAAACGAAAAAAAAACUUGAAAAAAAAAUGAGACCAAUUGAACAAGAAAUUGUCAAAUUAAAGGCAAUAAUCCAAAUCACAGAAAAAGCUGCAAAACAAAUAAAUUCAAAAACUUCCGACUUUUUGACAAAAUUUGGUCUACUUCAAAAUGAUAUCGAAACAUUUGAAACAUUGAUUGAUGAUGCUGAAAAAGAAUGUCAGGAAAAAAUUAGAAAUGAACAGGAAACUGAUUAUCGAAUAGCUGAAUUAGUUGAACAGAAGAACAAAUUUGAGAAUGAUUUGACGCACAAAAUAAAUGAAGUUGGAUCAGUUGAAGCCAUUGAAACGGAAUUGGCCUCUAUAUUUAAAACAGUAAAUAAUCAUAAGAGUCAGAUUGAACAUUAUAAAGGACAACAAAAUCUUUUAAUUGAAAAGAAACAAAGUUGUAGUAGAAGAAUGAAAGUGGAACAACAAAAUCUGCAAGAAGUACAAAAUAUUGAAGUUGAAAGAUUGAGAAUAUUACAGAGAGAAAAUAGAGAUGCAUAUAAUGGACUUAUGUGGUUAAGAUCAAAUAAACACUUGUUUUCAAAGCAUAUCUAUGAACCAAUGAUACUUAUGAUUAAUUUAAAAGAUGCCAAGUAUGCAAAAUAUUUCGAAUCUGUCAUUCCACAGCGGGAUUUGUUUGCAUUUGUUUGUGAAGACAAGAACGAUAUGAAUUUAUUAUUGAGACAUCUUAGAGAUCAACAAAAACUAAAAAUAAAUGCUGUACAUUCAGAUCCUAAUAAAGAAAUAAAUGAUGAGCCGAAUGUACCCAUAGAAGUUCUGAGACAAUAUGGUUUCGAACAUUACAUGUUGUCUCUCAUAGAUGCUCCAAGAACUAUUUUAAAUUAUUUAAUUAGUAAUUUCAAACUCCAUACAAUCCCAAUAGGGAAUGAUAACAUUCUUCGCCAUUUAGAAAACAUACCUAACAAUAUACGUUUUUUUUUUAGUUCUAACAAAGUCUAUAAUAUAAAAUUUUCCCAAUACACUGGUGAAAAGAGCACCAGUGAAUCAUCUAUAUCGUCAAGAGGUUUACUUUCAAUUACAAUCAAUACACAAAGGAUUAAUCAUAUCCAAAAUGAAUUAGCUCGACUUGAGCAAGAGCAAAAUUCGUAUCAGCCCAAAAUAGAUUCGUUUAAUGAAAAGAUUGCCAAAGAAGAACAGAAGGCACUAUCUCAUAAAGAAAUUAGAAGGAAGUUGGAAAUAGAUAAAGGGAAGAUACAGGAAUUACAAAGAAAAAUUAGGAUACAUGAACAAAAAUUGAUAGCAGAACAAAAUUGUCGAAAAAGCGUUGAUGAUAUUCGUGCAGAAUACAAAACAAAAAUUAAACAAUUCAUAUUGAAACAAAUUCAAAAAUAUAAAGAAUAUUCUGAAAUACUUGAUGCUUAUUAUAAAAGUUUUAUUGUUAAUGAAGAAUCAAAAAUAGACGUAAAGCUUAAAAAAAAUGAAUUAGCAAUAAAAGAAAAUGACUCGCACGAAAUACGACAAGAUUAUGAAAAUGCUGUGAGGUAUUUUAAAUAUUUAGAAAAUGAAAUAAAGCCAUUGAGAGAUGAAGUACAAAAUUUAUUUGAAGAGGCUAAGAAAAUGACUGAUGGGGUAUCUUGCAAAGACAAAGAAGAGUUUUUAAUAUAUCAAAGAGUUUUCGCCAAGUUACCAGCAACGUUAGAAGAGAUAAUUGACGAAAUUCAAAGAACGCAAGCAAAGGCAUUUAAUGUAAACGAUAAAACUGAAGCUCAAAAGAUAGUGAAUCAAUAUAACACUGCAAAGAAAAAUGUAGAAAAAUGCGUUAAUGAUAUAAACAUCAAAGAAACAGAAUUGAGAACAGUAUCUGAAGAAAUUGAUCAAGUCAAACAAAAAUGGCUUCCAAUGUUGAAUGAGUUAGUAGAAAAAAUUAACAGAAAUUUCAGUUAUUGCUUUACUAAAAUGAAGUGUGCAGGAGAAGUGUCUUUGAUUGAUGGAGGCACUCCUAUGGAUUUUGCAAAAUAUGGACUUUUAAUCAAAGUCAAGUUUCGAGAUACAGAUGAGUUACAACCACUAAAUCGCAAUCACCAAAGCGGCGGAGAGCGCGCCGUCACUACUGCAGCGUAUAUGAUUUCGUUGCAAGAGUUAACCAGAGUUCCUUUCCGCUGCGUUGAUGAAAUUAAUCAGGGUAUGGAUGCUGCAAACGAGCGCCGAGUUUUUGAACUGAUUGUUGACAUUACAAGUGUAAAUAACAGUGCCCAAUAUUUCUUGCUUACUCCAAAGCUAUUACCUGACUUAAAAUAUAAUGAAUCCAUGACUGUAUUAACUGUAUUCAAUGGCAAAUACAUGGCCCCAUCUUCAAAGUUUGAUAUUCACGACAAUAUUAAUAAUAUUUGUAAAGUAAUAAAGAAUCGAUUACUUUCUGAACAUUAGAGAAAUACAAUUACACAUUAGUUAAGUUAUUAAUAUUUGUAUUAUUGACUUCUAAUUUAUAUGUUUAAAAAUUUAUUCUGUAUG